AUGUCCAUCGGCUUCACCAUUCCGGUUGUCAUGCUUUGCCACGGUCCCGUAUCCGACGCCCGCAGUAUCGGCAUGAUCGUUGUCUGCUUCGCGCUCAUGGGCCUACUCAACACCUUCUUUGCCUACUUCCUCACGUUUUCGAUCCAGUGCCUCAUGGUUCGCUACGACAAACAUUUCUGGGUGGACAAGCAUGCCGAUGCUGAAAAGGGGGCAGCGCGCAAGCCCGACAAAGCGCUAUGCGAGGGCUCUCCCACCAACAGCUCCUUGACGAUCGGUCUCGAUUCCUCCGCAGAGUCCUCCGAGACGGACGAGCCCACACCACAACACGCACCCAACCCACACGCACAAACCGACACCCCAUCCCUCCGAACCCACCUGCAGCUCUGGGCCCUCCGCAACCCCAUCCUCCUCCUCUGCUGGCUGCUCACCUUCACCAUCGGCCUGCCGCUCCGGUACCGCGCGGGCAAUGACGUCCCCCUCGCCACGCUCCUCCUCUUCUCCAGCUGGCUCACGACCCUCGCCAUCCAGGCGGCCAUCAAAUCCACACCGGCACGCCUCCCCGCCUGGCUGGGCACCGUGCUCGCGGGCGUGCUCAACCCGGUGCUGUGGACGUCGCUGGCCAUGGUGGCCUACGUCUUCGCCGACGCCGCCCUCAGCGGCCGCUCCCUGCCCGCCAUGCUCGCCACCCUCCAAACCCACACCCCGCUCUCCACCCUCAUCCUCCAAACCACAGUCACCACCACCACCAACCCCAACGCAACCACCCCAACCCCAACCCCGACCCCCGCGGCAGGCGACGUCGCCAUCACGCUCCUCAACGCCGGCCUCGUAGCGUGGGGCCUCAAACUCUACGCACACCGCGGGCGCGUGGUAUCGCGGGCGGGGCUGGCGUGCUGCGGGGUGUCGGCCGGGCUGGCGCUAGGCAACGCGGCGCUGGGGCCGGCGCUGGCGGGGCGGCGGUGGGGGCUCGGGGUAGGGCCGGAGGGGGCGGCGCUGGCCUUCGCGGCGCGCAGCGUCACCGUGGCGCUGGCGGGGCCCGUCAUGGGUCUGCUGGGCGGGGAUGUCGGGCUUAAUGCGGCUAUGGUGGUUGGGGGUGGGAUUGUGUACCAGAUGGGGUUGGGGCUGGGGGUCGGGCGGUGGUUGGAGAGGACGGGCACGGGUACGGGGGUGGAGACACAGACACAAACACAGACGGGCGGGGGCAGAGACCGUGAGGAGAGGGCGGCCGUAACAACACGGCGGAGGCCGAAUGACCCAAGGGUGGUUGCCGCCGGCGUCACCGUCGGCAUCAACGCCGCGGCUAUGGGCACGGCGUACUUGUAUGAGGCGCAGAGCGAGUCGGCGCCGUACGCUGCGCUGUCGAUGAUUGCGUUAGGGGUUAUGACGGUGGUGUUCUCGAGUAUUCCGCCGCUCGCGGGGUGGAUUGUAAAAAGUGUUGCAGAAUGA